CUUCUUCGCAACCGCCUAUAUUUCGAACGACAAGAGUUUUCAUGUUCUCUUCCUUUAGACACCAAAAUCUACUGUCAAAGAUCACCAAUUUCUCUCCUUUUCUCUGCCUGUGAGCUCUAUUGAAAAUCUAGUAUCCUUUUUGCUCAUUAAAGCUUGAAUCUUUUCUUGCUUGUAAAUGCAAAAAAUAUAAAACUUUUUUUCCUUGUACCUUGACAAUUAAAAAGGCACAGGCUUUUUGCUUCAACACAUUUUUUAUUUGUUUUAUUUGGUUCUUGACUCUAUGAAUACUAUUAGCAUUAUUGGCAAUUCUACAAUGAAACCCUCUUGUAGAUUUCUUAUAUCUACGAAAAAUCCAGUCUUUUUUAAGCGCCAUCAUGGUUUAAUAAGCAAUUUAUCUGGGAAUCAGUUUAAUUUUGAUAAAACCAAGCAGUUUUUGACCUGCCCUUUUAGAAUCUUGGGGUUCAGAACCAUUUUCAAUGAAUCCCGGAAAUCUUUUUGGGUUCCCAGUAUCAGUUCUGGCCAAUCUAGGCUCAUAGCAGGAGAUAGCAGGGGGGUUUCUGUUGUUGCUAGUGUUGCCUCGCAAUUCAGGGAGUUUUCAACGUCUGUUGAGACACGAGUGAAUGAUAAGAAUUUUGAGAGAAUUUUUGUGCAAAAUGGGAUUAGUGUUAAGCCUUUGGUGGUUGAGAGGAUUGAUAAAGAUGAGAAUGUUUUAGGGGAUGAAGAAUCUAGGCUAGGGGUUCUUGUUGAUGAUGGUGAAAGUGUAAAUAGACAGGAUUUGGAUGUUGGUCAAGGAGUUGAGAUUGUUAGUACUAAGAGGGAAGAGAGUGAUAUGGAAAAGGAAGCAUGGAAGUUGUUGAAUGAUGCUGUUGUUAUGUAUUGUGGGAGUCCUGUGGGGACCGUGGCCGCAAAUGAUCCAGGGGAUAAGAUGCCAUUGAAUUAUGAUCAGGUGUUUGUUCGUGAUUUUGUUCCUUCAGCUCUCGCCUUUUUGCUUAGAGGAGAGGGGGAGAUUGUGAAGAAUUUCUUGCUUCAUGCCUUGCAAUUGCAGAGUUGGGAGAAAACAGUGGACUGCUAUAGCCCAGGACAGGGGCUAAUGCCUGCCAGUUUUAAAGUCAGAACAGUGCCUCUUGAUGAUAAUAAACUUGAAGAAGUUUUAGAUCCUGAUUUUGGCGAAUCAGCUAUUGGCCGUGUUGCACCUGUGGAUUCUGGGUUGUGGUGGAUUAUUCUAUUGAGGGCAUAUGGGAAACUCACUGGUGACUAUGCUUUACAAGAAAGGGUGGAUGUUCAGACUGGCAUAAAACUGAUCUUAAACUUAUGCUUAGCUGAUGGGUUUGAUAUGUUUCCUUCUCUUCUAGUCACCGAUGUCACCGAUGGCUCCUGCAUGAUAGAUCGGCGGAUGGGGAUCCAUGGUCACCCCCUUGAGAUCCAAGCCUUGUUUUACUCUGCUCUACGGUCUUCCCGUGAGAUGCUAGUUGUAAAUGAUGGAUCAAAGAAUUUGGUGAGGGCUAUCAACAACAGACUCAGUGCAUUGUCAUUCCACAUUAGAGAAUACUAUUGGGUAGAUAUGAGAAAGAUCAAUGAGAUAUACCGGUAUAAAACAGAAGAGUAUUCUACAGAAGCCACCAACAAAUUUAAUAUUUAUCCUGAACAAAUUCCAUCGUGGCUCAUGGAUUGGAUACCUGAGGAAGGUGGAUAUCUGAUUGGCAAUCUGCAGCCAGCUCACAUGGAUUUUAGAUUUUUCACUCUUGGAAAUCUUUGGUCUGUUGUCUCAUCUUUGGGUACCCCAAAACAAAAUGAAGCUAUUCUAAAUCUGAUUGAAUCCAAAUGGGAUGAUCUAGUGGGAAAUAUGCCUCUUAAGAUAUGUUACCCUGCUCUGGAGUCUGAGGAUUGGCGUAUAAUCACCGGCAGUGACCCAAAGAACACCCCUUGGUCAUAUCAUAAUGGUGGGUCAUGGCCAACACUUCUGUGGCAGUUCACAUUGGCAUGCAUGAAGAUGGGUAGAAUGGAACUAGCUCAGAAGGCUGUUGCUUUGGCCGAAAAGAGACUUCAAGUUGACCAUUGGCCAGAGUAUUAUGAUACCCGAAGUGGGAAGUUUAUUGGAAAGCAAUCCCGACUUUAUCAAACAUGGACGGUUGCAGGUUUCCUAACAUCGAAAGUUCUCUUGGAGAAUCCAGAGAAGGCAUCCAUGUUGUUCUGGGAUGAAGAUUACGAUCUUCUUGAGUUCUGUGUUUGUGGGCUUAACACAAGUGGCCGGAAGAGGUGUUCUCGAGUCGCCGCCAGGUCACAGAUUCUUGUCUAGAAUGAUGCCAUUCUUUUAAAGGCAGAAUUUCUGUUACUGUACAGCUAUGUUACUACUAUAGACUGAUAAAAACAUUGAUUUACAACCACAAAAGAUACAAAGGUAUGCCAGGAGCAGCAUCUUCACACAACUAGACCAUAGAUCCAGUUUAAUAAAACGUUAAUUAGCCGAUUAAUUAGCUAAGUUGAUCGGUGUUGUGUUUUCAAUGACCAGUGGGACGAAAGCUUUUAUGGUUCUUCCCCUCGUCAUAUUCAGUUUGUAUAUUAUUACUUUGUUCUUUAUAAACACAUUUCUAAUUUAUCAA